CAUUAUUUGAUUUUGGGAUUUUGUUGAUCUGGUAUUUAGAACAAAAAGAUGCCUGGAAUAGUUAUGGAUGGUAUUAGUGAAGAAGGGGUAAUGAAUGGAAUAAAUGGAAAUUCUACACCUUCUAAAGAAAAUGAAGCAGUGAGUAAAUCCCCAAAGAGUGCAUCAAGUCCACAGAACCCCCGUAGUGCCGGUCAGAGCCCCCGUAGUGCCGAUCAGAGCCCCAAGAAUGUUGUUCCUCAGAGCCCCCAGAAUGGAGGUCAUGAUCUUCCUGGUGAUAUGGUGGUUGACACCUCAAUCGAGCAGCUUUAUGAAAAUGUUUGUGACAUGCAAAGUUCUGAUCGGUCACCUUCGAGGCGCAGCUUUGGGUCUGAUGGUGAUGAGUCUAGGAUUGACUCAGAGCUUCGCCAUCUUGUUGGAGGAGAGAUGAAGGAAGUUGAGAUAAUGGAAGAGGAAGUGCUUGAAAAGCCGGUGGAUGAUUCUCGUAGUGAGUCUGCUUCAAAGAAAGGAAGUUUGUCUGCAGGUAAAAAACCAGGAAAGGUGGAGAGGACAAGAUCUGCUAGUACAAAAUCUGUUUCUUCUGGGAAUUCAAAGAAAGCUUCUUCCUUGCCAGUGGAUUCUGAAACAUCAAAGCCUAGUGAUACCAAGGACAAAACUCCAGAGAAACCUCCGAUAAAUAGGCGAGAUAAGAAUAUAAGGAAAUAUAAGAAGAAACAACGAAAUUCUCCUUUAGGAGGGGUGAAGCUACAGAAUGGAACUGAAGAUUCAACUGAAUCUGGAUUAGAUAAUCCGGAUCUGGGGCCCUUUUUGCUUAAGCAAGCAAGGGGCUUGAUUUCUUUAGGGGAUAAUCCCCAGAAAGCUCUUGAACUAGCUCUACGAGCAGCGAAAUCAUUUGAAAUAUGUUCAGAUGGGAAACCAAGUUUAGAACUAGUGAUGUGUUUGCAUGUUACAGCAGCAAUAUACUGUAGCUUAGGCCAGUAUAAUGAGGCAAUUCCAGUUCUUGAGCGCUCGAUUGAGAUUCCAGUGAUUGAGGAAGGCCAGGGGCAUGCCCUUGCUAAAUUUGCAGGUCACAUGCAGUUAGGUGAUACUUAUGCAAUGCUGGGCAUGCUUGAGAAUUCAAUUAUGGCUUACACAACGGGAUUGGAAAUCCAAAAACAAGUUUUGGGAGAAACAGACCCAAGAGUUGGUGAGACCUGUAGAUAUCUGGCUGAAGCUCAUGUUCAAGCGUUGCAGUUUGAUGAGGCUCAGAAGCUUUGUCAGAUGGCUCUUGAUAUUCAUAAACAAAAUGGUUCCCCUGCUUCUGUGGAAGAGGCAGCAGAUAGGAGGCUCAUGGGUCUUAUAUGUGAAACAAAGGGAGAUCAUGAAGCUGCUCUGGAGCACCUUGUUUUAGCCAGCAUGGCAAUGGUGGCAAAUGGACAGGAAGUGGAGGUUGCUUCUGUUGAUUGCAGCAUUGGAGAUACAUACUUAUCUUUGUCUCGGUACGAUGAGGCUGUUUUUGCUUAUCAGAAAGCACUUACUGUGUUCAAGACCUCCAAAGGUGAGAACCAUCCAUCCGUUGGUUCAGUUUUCAUCCGUCUAGCUGAUUUGUACAACAGAACUGGAAAAUUGAGGGAAUCAAAAUCUUACUGUGAGAAUGCCCUCCGAAUUUAUGAGAAGCCUGUUCCUGGAAUUCCUCCAGAGGAGAUAGCUAGUGGCCUCACUGAUAUUUCUGCUAUCUAUGAAUCAAUGGAUGAGCUUGAGCAGGCAAUCAAGUUGCUACAGAAGGCUUUAAGUAUAUACAAUGAUGCUCCUGGUCAGCAGAGCACAAUAGCUGGAAUUGAAGCUCAGAUGGGGGUCAUGUACUAUAUGCUGGGGAAUUAUUCAGAAUCUUACAACUCCUUCAAGAGUGCCAUUUCAAAACUCCGGGCAAGUGGAGAGAAGAAAUCUGCCUUCUUUGGAAUUGCUCUAAACCAAAUGGGGCUUGCCUGUGUACAGCGUUAUGCUAUCAAUGAGGCUGCGGAAUUAUUUGAAGAAGCAAGGACUAUUUUGGAACAAGAGUGCGGACCAUAUCACCCUGACACACUUGGGGUAUAUAGCAACCUAGCUGGCACAUAUGAUGCAGUUGGCAGGUUGGAUGAAGCGAUCGAAGUCUUAGAGUAUGUUGUUGGCAUGAGGGAGGAAAAACUAGGGACUGCAAAUCCUGAUGUGGAUGAUGAGAAAAGAAGGUUGGCUGAGCUACUGAGAGAAGCAGGAAGAGUCAGAAACAGAAAAAAUAGGUCGCUGGAGAACCUCCUUGAUUCCAACUCACAUGGAAUAACGAAUGAUGAUAGUAAGUUAGGAUAAAAAUGGUUUUCACAUUUCAGGAAUUAAUUAUGUUGUAUUAUACCACUAUUUAAGAGCGAGCCAAGAUUUAAAAGAAAAAUGAACAAAGAAAUAGAAACAAAAUAAUAAAGAAAUAGUUGAUGGUUGAUUGUUUAUUAGAUUCUUGUUGUGGAGGGUGAAUGAAAUGACCAUAGGUGGGGUUUUGGUUGUAUAAUUUUGUUUACCCUAUCAUAUCGGUCAAAGUUUAUAAGUUAUUCUGUAUCUCACUAUUUUAGAAAGUGUUCUAAGACAUGGUGGUGCUUCCAUUAUAUGUAUUUUCACCAUUCAUGAUCUAUACAUUUGUUUACAUUGUACUGACUGACAUAUUUCUUUAGAUAAUGUACACUUUUGAUUUAUAUUAAGAA